CAGGGUAGUCUUGGGGCGGGAAGACGAGGGCGGGACGGGUGCAGAGAGAAUCAUGGCGGUGCCGCUGCGGGACCGGUUGGGCUUCCUGAGCCGGCUGCCCACUCUGAUGAAAUGCACCUCGGAUGACGACGUCCCAUGCCCUGGGUACCUGUUUGAGGAAAUUGCAAAGAUCUCCCACGACUCCCCAGGGAGCAGCCAGUGCCUCCUGGAGCACCUCCUGAACCGACUGCAGAAUAACUCCUGUCACGUCAAGCUGAAGGUGCUGAAGAUUCUGCUGUACAUGUGCACGCAUGGCUCUUCACAGUUCCUCCAGCAGCUGAAAAGGAAUUCCACCUUCAUCCAGGAAGCAGCAGUGUUCGCGGGGCCGCCAGAUCCCCUGCACGGCAACAGCUUGUACCAGAAGGUCCGAGCAGCAGCACAGGACUUGGCCAGUGCUUUAUUUUCGGAUACCUUGUUGCCCCCGCCCUCUGCUCAGCCCUGCAGGCCACUUCCCCCAACAGGAAUGGGCUCCCAGCCCAGCCCCUGCAGCUCCUUGCAAGGCUUUGGCUUCACGAGCGAGAGAAGCGGCUCCCCCUCCGCCAGCGAGGCCCUGCUUGCCACCAUACAGAAAGCAGCUGAGGUGGUUGCCAGCGCUGUGCUGCCCAGCUCGGAGUUCCCCCCUUCCUGCCCCAGGGAGCUGCAGGACGAUGCCUACCAGCCCGUGACGGCACCUUCUCCUGGUAAAAGCUGUGCGGUGCCUCGGAAGCCCCCGGCUGCCGCAGCCCUCAGCAUGCGAGUGAGUCACCGGCCUGGGCAGGCAGGAGGUGGUUGGGAAGAGACUGACAGUGGGCACAGCUCCCAGAACUCCUCGCAGGAGAACGGGGAGCUGAGCAGGACCUCCGACUCCUGCAGCAAAUCAGGCAGCGACAGCCCCCCGGGGGCCAGCAGGGAGCUGGGGAACGUAACUGAGAGGGUGGAGGGUGACUGCGUGCAAGAGCUGAGCCUGGUGAGUGAGCUGACCAGGGGCUCCAAGGUCUUCCUGACACGGGAGGAGGCCCAACACUUCAUCAAAGAGUGCGGGCUGCUGAACUGCGAGGUGGUGCUGGAGCUGCUGAGCCGGACGCUGCAGGACCCCAGCGAGCUCGUCUGCAUGAGGUCCAUGUGUGCCAUAUCCUCCCUCCUGUGCUCCGACCUGCUGGCCCAUGAGCAGAUCUUUAUGAUUACCCGGCAACACCUGCAGCAGCUCAGCCAAAGAAGCCCUGGGCCCGUGGCCAACAAAGCAACAAAGCUCCUGAGGCAGUUUGAGGCUUUGUGCAGGAGCUGCUCAUCUCCCAAGAGAUCACAGCUGGACAUGGAUCCCUCUACUCCUGCCAGGGGCGCCCCACAGCACACGUGUGACUUGCUGACAGACCUCAUGCCUCUGGCAGGAGAGACCGUUCUCAAACCCGUGAGCUUAGCUCCUUUCCUCUCGGAGACAUGUAAAUCCCCAGCAUUCGAUGUGCAUCCUGCAGCUGUGCCCGCCCCUGAGGGAGAGCAGGGCACAGAAGCGGAGAUCUGUGAGCAGUUUGGGGCUGUUGCAUCAGGCGGUCGGUGCCAGCAGGAGGUGGAGUGCAGACUAAUGGGGCCUGAGCCCCAGCUGGAUGCUGCCCAGAUGGAUUCUGGGCCCACACAGAUGCUGCAUGGCAGGCAGGGGGCAGCCGCACCCCCUCAGAGCCUCUCCCUGUUCGCUGGCAUGGAGCUGGUGGCCCUUCCAGGCACAGCAGUAGCCAACUCUGGUGGAGAGGAAUGUGCCUCUCGUGUUCCAAGGACACUGCCCUGCACUGGGACUGCCAGCACCAAGGCUCAUAGGGGCUCCAAGGGCAGCAGGGAACCUUCUGCGUUCUCCUUCCUCAAUAUGUAGCAGCUGGGGCAGCAGGAUGCUGAGGAACUGGGGUCUCAUUUGCUGCGUGUCACUGCUAGGCCAGCACUACAGGGACACUGACUGGCACUACAGGGGCACUGGCUGCUCAGCUCAAAGCGAGGUCUCUGUUCCUUGCUGGUGCUGCCAAGUCCACAUCCUGCUGAAGGGGGCUGGCAGGGCCAGUGCUGCUGGGGAGUAUCGCGGUGGGGCACAAUGAGGAAAUGGAGUCCCCAGUUGCUCCCUUCAGUUUGAUCCCUGGGGGUGCCCUAGAAAAAUCCAUGAGCAACCCUACAAAAACAAUCCAGCUUGAUCCCACCUGUGGGGGGAAAGAGGGAAUGCGUCCACGACAGCCAGUUCCAGGCUGCCAAAGUGGGGGAGGGAGGGAGGGAGGAUGAGAGUCCCCUUGACUGUACCCCCAUGUUAAGGUUGUGCUACAGGGUUAAGGCUUAUCAUAUGUCCUUGGCUGCUCUGGCCUCCUGCUCAGGUCAUCCAUCAGUGGUAGUCUGCAACACUGCUCAGACCAGGGCCUGGGGCACGCUGGGGAGGGAGGGGCAGUGAGUCCAUAUGGACUCAACCUCUUGUGCUCUGCCUCGGCCUGUGUGAAUGAAUGUACUAGUAACUGGCUCAAUCACUUAACACAUACGUGUGUGUUGCGGGGGGGGGGGUGUUAAUGGUACCUUGGAAGGUCCAAGGAUGCUGGCUGCCUUUCCCCAGCAUAGCACCCACUCAGCCCCAUUGCUACUGGGGGAGGGAGGCUCAGUACAGCAGUCUGGAAGCCAGCUUUCCAAAGAUCGUUUCAAGGAAGGUGACGCUUUAGGCACCUCAGUUGAAACCACGUGCCCUGCGGGCUUUGGCUGAGCUGCUGCGGGAAUCUGUUUGAGGUGGGUUUGGUUUUCCUACUGAGGAUCUGAUAUUGUAGCUACUGAGCUCUUGCCAAAUCCUACUGGGCAAAGGGAAGCCAAAUUACAGGCACAGGCUGUCUUGGGCAGCAGAUUGGCAUUUUUUUAGCGUUCACACUUCACACUCGAGUCCAUUUUGCUGUGAGAAUUGGUUAUGUACAAGUCUGUGUGUUGUCCUUGGGCUUAUGACAUCCAAACCAGCCCACCUGUCCCCUUUGGGCAAAUUUGCAACAGGCAAGUUAAAAAUCCCUGGGGAAAAUCCCUUUCUAGCAAUGUCUGAUCUGUCCCACAAAAGGGCAGAACUGUGGCAGGGGGCUCCUGCUGUGUGCAAAUCACAACCUGCAGCCAGGUCUCUGCUCUCCUACAACAUGUUACCAUUGCACAUCCCUAUCUCCCGUCAGCCGAUCAAACUCAUGCCAGUGUUCUUUUCUCCUGCAACCUGUCUGUGGUCUUAGGGCUGGGAGGGGGGAAGGGACCAUUGUCCAAAAAGCCUCCUGGGAGGACGCUCCAUGUUUACAGAGCGUGUGUGUGGGAGGGGGUUGCUAAUAUGACUUUAUUAAACACUAAGUUGUGUAUAUUUAAAGUUCAA